AGCCAAUGAGAUUCUACACCCGACUGACAGAUGGCUCCAUAAAUAAGGUGUAGAAAAAAGGAUCUCCGGCACUUGCAAACCAGUGAAGCUUCACCCUUUUUGUUUUUUAUGUUUUAUUUUGUUCACUUUCUUUCCAUGCAAAGCUCUUGCACGGCGAUUGCAGACUGCUGAAAGAAAGGCGAUACGGGCGCGCUGCUCCUUUCAGUUAACGGUGCGCCGGCUGCCGCGUCUACGCGAUCGUCCUUGGGACCGCACGCGUUCCGCUAGCGGACUGCCGCACGCAGACUCCCAGCCCUUUCAUUCUCUUCGUCCUGUUACGAAGACGCCGAGCAAGCACUUUCCAGCUGCUUUAAUUUAAAAUUUUAUUCUAUCUUCGCAGAACAAGAAUGGUCAUGGGAUCGACUGAGACACAGUGGCGUCAGGCAGAACUCCCACAGCUACAGGGCUGGGCAGAGAAGGGGCUGCUGACACAGCCAAAGAUGAUAAUUAGCAACAUAGAGCCUCAGGUCACGAAUGGGCCGAGUGCCACCACGACCAACGGGCCCUCCAGCAACAGCCGGAGCUGCCCGUCACCCAUGCAGACCGGCAGCUCCAACGACGACAGCAAGACCAACCUCAUCGUCAACUACCUGCCGCAGAACAUGACCCAGGAAGAGUUCCGCAGCCUUUUCGGCAGCAUCGGAGAGAUCGAGUCCUGCAAACUAGUGCGGGAUAAGAUCACAGGUAGAGCCUGG